AUGAGCGCCUGGUGCUUCACCUCGGUUGUUUGGAGAUCGGGAUUCCAAAGAUACGUAUUACCGCGAAAUAUCCCACACACUUCAUAUGUAUCCAAUAAAAUUUUUGGAAAUCAACCGCUUGCAUACCCAUGUCUAGCUCAAACACGGUCGAUAAAAAUUCUGCUGUCUAAACCUGAGGUGGAAAGUAAAGUUUUAGCUGUCUGUUCUGCGUUCGAUAAAAUCCAAUCCGAUAAGCUUACGCUUGAUUCCUCGUUUAUCAAAGAUCUCGGUCUUGAUAGUCUGGAUCACAUAGAAGUAAUUAUGGAAAUUGAAAAUGAAUUCCGGUUUGAAAUAAGUGAUGUGGACGCCGAAAAAUUGCACACACCCCGUGAUAUUGUGGAACAUGUGUAUCAUUCAAUUAAAAAAGCUGAACCUUCGAAUUAA